AUGCAUAUAGACCCUUCGCAUUGUCUUAUUGCAAUAUCCAACGAUAGAACAAUAUUGGAUACAGAUUUUAAUGUACCAGUAAGAGGUGUGCCUCGUGAUCAGGUCUGGUUUGCUAUACAAAUUGACAAAAGUGAGCCAGAAAGGGUAGAAAUUGGUCUCUUCGGUGAAAUUGUACCCAAAACAGCUAAAAACUUCGCAGAACUGUCUACAAAACCAAAAGGACAAGGUUAUAAAGGUUGUAUAUUUCACAGAGUCAUUAAAGACUUCAUGAUCCAGGGAGGAGAUUUUACCAAAGGCAAUGGAACUGGAGGCAAGAGUAUUUACGGCGACACAUUCCCCGAUGAAAACUUUCAUUUGAAACAUUAUGGGGCAGGAUGGCUGUCUAUGGCAAACAGUGGAAAAAACACCAACGGUUCUCAGUUCUUUGUGACUACAAUCAAGACUGACUGGUUGGAUGGGAAACAUGUUGUAUUUGCCAAAAUCACAAAAGGAAUGAAUGUUAUUAGAAAAAUUGAAAAUGUUGAAACCGAUUCAGACGAUAGACCUAUAAAGAAUGUUGUGAUAGUUGAUUGUGGAACAGAAGCAGUGCCUCAACCUUUCCGUGUGAAGAAAGACGAUGCAACUGAGUAA